AACACCAUUGUUCAGUAAAUACUUAUUGUUUACUUAGGCAUUAUGGAAGAAUAACACAUAUAAGAUGAAAUACGAAGCAUCAGCUUUCAAGCCUGAGCAAUAGAACUCAGCAGUGACAACCCAACUUGGCUUAACUGAGACUCAGUGAACCCAGCUCCAGACUCUCGGCUCUCCACACUUCCUGCAGCUCUCUGAUCCUAGAAUCUUCAACUCCAGCUACAAUGCUGAGUCAGGCACUUUUCAGAUUUGGUCAAAAGCUGCUACGCAGACGUCAGCUGGAACAUUUGGUGACUGAGGAUGUCCCAUGCAGAAGACUGAACACUCUGGAUUUAGUGGCCCUGGGUGUGUGCUCUACAGUGGGUGCAGUUAUAUAUGUCAUAGCUGGUGAAGUGGCUAGAGAUAAAGCCGGACCAUCCAUUGUGAUCUGCUUUUUGGUGGCCGGCCUAACUUCUGUGCUGACGGGGCUGUGCUAUGCAGAGUUUGGUGCCCGUGUUCCCCAUUCUGGCUCUGCAUAUCUCUACAGCUAUGUCACUAUAGGUGAACUCUGGGCUUUCAUCACUGGCUGGAACCUCAUCUUUUCCUAUGUUGCUGGUACAUCCAUUGUGGUCUUUGCCUGGAGCUUAGCUUUUGACAACCUGUUUGGGAACCAGAUCUCUCAGACCCUGCAUGAAAACAUCUUACUGCAUGUUCCCCAGGUCCUUGCAGAAAUUCUAGGCUUCUGUGUUGUGGCCCUUGUGUUGUUGCUUAUCGGAUUGCUGACUCUGAGGGCUAGAGAGUCAGGACUGUUUACCAAAGUAGUCACAUUGGUGAGCCUUUUAGUUCUCAGUUUUGUCAUCAUCUCUGGUUUCAUUAAGGGGGACCUGCACAACUGGAAGCUCACAGAAGAGGACUACGUAAAGGCUGGACUCAAUGACACCUCAAGCUUGGGGCCUCUGGGCACUGGAGGAUUUGUGCCUUUUGGCCUCAAUGGGAUUCUCCAUGGAGCAGCUACCUGUCUGUAUGCAUUUAUAGGUUUUGACAACAUUGUUACCAGAGUUGAAGAAGCCCAGAACCCCCAGCGUUCCAUCCCUAUGGGCAUUGUGAUUUCACUGUUCAUCAGCACUUUGAUGUAUUUUGGUGUCUCUUCAGCACUUACACUUAUGGUUCCUUACUACCAGCUUCAACCUGGGACCCCCUUGCCUGAGGUAUUUCACCAUAUUGGCUGGGCCCCUGCCUACUAUGUUGUAGCUUUUGGAUUUUUCUGUAGUCUUUCUGCCAGCCUCUUGGGCUAUAUGUUCCCCAUACGUCAGCUGAUAUACAUGAUGGCAAAGGAUGGCCUCCUGUUCUCUGUCCUUGCCAGGAUCCAAACUGGCACAUACAUCCCCAUAAUGGCCACUGUGAUCUUUGGCAUUAUCGCAGCAAUCAUGGCAUUCUUCUUUGGACUCACUGAUCUUCUGGACUUCAUGUCAAUUGGGACACGGCUAGCUUACUCCCUGGUGGCCUUUUGUGUUCUCAUCCUCAGGUAUCAGCCUGAGGUGAAGAAAGGGGGAAAUGAAGCAGACGUGCAGGAUGAGAGUGGACCUGCAGAAGAGAAGCUGACUCUACAGGGGCUACUUUUUCCAGGCAGCUCCACCCCCACUCCACUCUCUGGCCGGGUUGUCUAUGUUUGCUCCUCACUGCUUGCUCUGCUGCUUACUCUUCUUUGCCUGGUGCUGGCCCAGUGGCCAGUUCUGCAUUCUGGAGCUGCAGUGUGGAUUUCAUUGGUUGUGCUGCUCCUGGUGCUCAUCACUGGGAUCACUGGGGUCAUCUGGAGACAGCCGCAGAGCUCCAGUCCCCUUCCCUUUAAGGUCCCUGCUCUGCCUCUCCUCCCACUACUGAGUGUCUUUGUGAAUGUUUACCUUAUGAUGCGGAUGACAGCUGGCACCUGGGCCCCAAUUGGUUUCUGGAUGCUGAUUGGGUUUGCUAUCUACUUUAGCUAUGGGAUCCAAUACAGCCUGGUUGCUGAAUCCCACUUAAGUUAGCGCUACACUGUAGAACUUGAACUCAGGAAUGCAGUACAUAUUUGUUUUGACAUCAUCACACUUGAAUGCAGUCCGGUCCCCUGCACAAUAAUGGUGAAUACUUUUGGGCACAUGGAAAGCUAGGCCUCCCAUGGCAUGUUGUUUGGGGGAACAUGAAUAGAGUUGUGUAUUUAUUGUGGAGCAAAGAAUAUGUCUUUACAUUUCCUCCCCCCCUUUGUUUUUACUUGUUUCAUUAUCAGUUGCAUCCAUAAUUGCUUACCGGCUUUAAAAAAUAUUAUUAAAAUAAACUAGAAAAGGUGUUUUU